CGAACGAACCCCAUCUCACUCUCUCUCAUUCACAUUCGUACCGGCACUGGCACUGACGCAAAACGUCGCCCCUACGCCUUCAAAACCACCAUUUUUGCACAGAUUUGCGUUGCUUCUCUUCUUCCUCGUUUUUUCCCGGUCCAAACCCUUGUGAUCAACCCUUUUACUUCAUCAUAUCAUUCCUAAUCAAAUCAUAAAGUUAUCAGAAAAAUACAAUCUUUGUUGUUCUCACUAUUGGGUAAAUUACGCACUUUUCUGCUCUUAUUUCUUCAAAUCUCAGUUGUCCAGGUUCCAGAGUUUGCCCAGUUGAAAGUUCCUUCAUGCCCAAGAAUGAAGAGGACUGCAUACGGUGCUGCUCCUCAUGUGCAGGAUCAUUGGCCAAUUAAGAAAGCACUCACACUCUCUGACGUUGAUAUCACCCAUCCCUUCCUGACAUUAUCCAGGCAACAGGUUGAAACCCAUAUUGUUGUGUAUAUGACAUCUGAACAGCAAGAACUUUUAAGAGAAGAAGGUCAAGUGGGUUUUAAUGCCCAAGAUGUCGAUACUGGUGAUUUUUAUGUGAUGAAAUUGAAGUGUCGUGGUAGCUAUUAUAGUCUUAUUGGCAAAUGGGGAAAAGUUGUACGUGGAAAGGGACUUGAUGUUGGGCAAGAAAUCAAAUUACGGUGGCAUAAUGGGUGUUUACACUUCUCAGUUCCACAACAGCAGGUUCUUCUAGUACCACCAGUUCGAACGGUUACAGCACCUCUGGUUCCUGACCACUGGCCUCUUACCAAGGUCCUGACUUCGUCUGAUGUUGAUACUAACCAUCCUUUUCUCCUGCUGCCUCGUAAAGCUGUUGAAGAUCAUAUUCUUGCACACUGGAUGCCACAAGAAAGAGAAAGAUUGAGAAAGGAAGAGCAGGUUCCUAUAAAUGCACAGGAUUAUGAUACGGGUGAUAUUCAUUUGAUGAAAUUGAAGUGGCGAGGAAAUUAUUAUAACCUUAUUGGGAGAUGGGCAAAUAUAAUUCGACAGAAAGGACUUGGUGUUGGCAAAGAAAUCAGAAUGUGUUGGGCAAAUAAUUGUUUAUACUUCUCAGUUCCAGAAGAUCAUUAUGUCGCAGCAGUAUCUGGAUAUGAUAAUUGGCCUAUUAAGAAAUCACUCACGUUGUCCGACAUUGAUACCAAUCAUCCAUUCCUUACUUUGCCAGGCAAAGCGGUCAAGGAUCAUAUACUCAUCUACUGGACACAACAAGCUCGGGAACAAUUGAGGAGUGAUCAUCAAGUUACCAUCAAUGCUCGAGAUGAUGAGAGUGGCGAUCUGUAUGUAAUGAAGUUGAAAUGGCGCGGGAGUUAUUAUAAUCUUAUUGGCAAGUGGGGUAAAAUCAUUAGAGAGAAGGGACUCCAUGUGGGAAGAGAAAUCAGAGUGCGUUGGGCCCAAGGAUGCUUGGUCUUCUCAGUUCCUCAAUGACAGUGUUAUUUUAUGUAGAUAGGCGGAAAAGCUUCACCCAGUACUCAUUAUGUUCUAGCAAUCAUCUCAUUCUUAUAUAAUAUGUCUGAUUUCAUAUGUUUAAUUUUCGACUAUGCUUUCGGUUC